AUGGCGGUCUGGCUGGUGCACACCGAUGCGUGCUCCAUCACAAAGCCCUUGGGGACGCCCGUGCUGCCCGAAGUAAAAAGCGCAUAUACCGCAUUGGACGGCUUGACCGCCGACUUGAGCACCUGGGCAGCCGCCUGGGACGGCCGCGGUGGCUGGGGAGGUCAAGGCAAGCCUGGCCUUGGUCUGACCGACGACCAUCUGCUGGCGAGCCGCAGGGUGCGAGGGGUCGAGAGGGACCCAGGCACCACCGGCCUUGUUGAUGGCCAGGAUCGAGACGAAAAACCACGCCGACUUGUCGAAGCACACAUGCACCAGCUCGUCCGGAUGCACGUCGAACUUGUGCGACAGAUGGUAGGCGAGGCGGUUGGCCUUGUCGUUGAGCUCGGCGUAUGUAAACUCACCGUCCCACGCACGAAUCGCAAGGGCGUCUGGCCGAAGACGAGCCUGUUUUUCAAACAGCUCAUGGAAGCACGCGUCCACAAUCUCCGGGUCGUCUGCGUUCCAGGCUUUGAACUGGUCCAGCUCGGCGGCGCUGACAAGAUUCAAGUCCGCAAGAGUAUCAGAACGACCGUUCUGGGCACGCUCGAUCAAUUGGUCGACGGCCUGCUCAAACUGGCCGACGAGGCGAGCAAUCUGGGACGCGUGGAGAAUGGACGAGUCGUACGUGACAGUCACGCCAACGUCCUCGCCGCCAUCGGUGAGAUGCGUCUGGAAGACCAAGGCCCUUGCGCCAGUACUCUGCACCGAAGGGUCGAUCGACGAGGGUUUGUGCGAUAA